UAAACAUUUUAUCAGAAUUCCUCACCCAUGGGAGUACAAUACAGAUCCGAUGCGAAUUUGGAGAGUGUAGAUGGCGGACUCAUCUGACAGUGCUUCAAUUCGAAGCACGCCCGCUCCUGUUUCUUGCGAUUUUUGUAGAGAAAAGAAGUAUAGAUGCUCGAAAGAAAAACCAAGCUGUCAAAGAUGUUUGAAUGCGGGCAGAAAAUGCCACUACAGUCCUGCUCAGGCGAGAACCCCGUUGACUCGGCUCUACGUUACAUCUGUGGAGAACCGUGUCAAAAGUUUGGAGCGUUUGCUGCAUAAGCUGCAUCCUGAAAUGAACAUUGAAGAUGCUUUAUUAUCGGUGGACGACAUACCCGUCUCCUCUCCGGUAUCGACAACGAAUGAAAGUCCAGAACAAACUAGCGCAGACGUCGUUCAAAGUGAAGCACUUCCGCUUGCAGCCACCGGCUUCGAAUGGCAAGAAGUUAACCCGCUAAUGGAUGGACUGGCCGAUGGAAUGGCCUCGUUGUCUGUUGAUCCAGCUGGGAAAGGUUACCUAGGCUCCACCUCUGGUGCAGGACUUCUUCGCUCUCUACUCUCUCAAAACAAUUUCAAUGCAGCCACACAGAGUUCAAGUCGAACUAGACAAGAUGUACACCCUUUCAAUUCAAGCCAGAUGCUUAUGAGCGCUCAGGUCGGCGAGCAACUCCUCAACCAUCAGAUCAUCUCCUACCUGAUUGACAGCUACUUUGCAAACUACCAUACGUCAUAUCCGUUCAUCCAUGAACCGAGCUUUCGUGCGGCAUACAGUGAACUUCUUCCUCGUCCAUCUGGCUCUGUGUGGCACAUACUGUUCUACACCGUCCUCACUUUAGGUGCCUGGACUGUAGGCGAUGACAAUGAGGUCUUCGAUGAUUAUUGCUAUCAUAAAGCAGUAAGUUAUUUUCAGGAGCAGUCUGUGUUUGAACUUGGGUCGCUUCCUUUGGUUCAAUCAUUGGUUUUACUCUCAAAUUAUGUUCAGAAGCGCAACAAACCGAACACGGGAUCGAAUUAUCUUGGGUUAGCAGUGCGCCAAAGCUUAAGCCUUGGAUUGCACCGAGAGUUGGCAGGAUGGAAGAUUGGGCUUCUAGAGCGAGAGAUGAGACGGCGUGUAUGGUGGGGUCUUUUUAUUUUUGAUUCAGGUGCGGCAACUACGUUUGGCCGUGAUAUCUUGCUACCCGAGGAUAUCGAUGUAAAGCCAGUCCUGAACAUUCCCGACGAGUCGUUGACUCCAUCCACUACGAUUUUGCCUAUGGAAUCCAAUGUGCCAACGAUCUAUUCCAAUCUAAUACAUCAAUCAACGUUCCAUCGCCUGACGAACUCCAUGGCGAAUAGGCUUCUAUCUACUAAUCCUCCGUCAACUAACGAAGCUCUAAGGAUGUAUACAGCUAUACAAGCCUGGAAAAAGGCAUUGCCGUACUUUUUUGAUAUAGAACAACCACCCGCAGCCUCAAUGGAUUGGUAUCUAUUCGCAAGGUCAAAACUUGCGUGGAGGACCUGGAAUUUCCAACUGCUCAUAAUGCGUCCUUUCCUGCUCCGUUGGGCAAAAAGACAGUCGAGAGAUACUACUGCUGAAGAUGGAACAGAGGAGAAACGAUGUCGGGAGAUAUGUAUCGAGAGUGCUAACUUAACCAUUGCUUCAAUUCAGCAAUAUGUAUCUACUAAUACAUUGCCACGUCUUCACGCUUGGUAUGCCCUAUUUUUCCUUUUUCAUGCAGCUUUGGUACCCAUGCUGUGUCUUCGAGCUUCGCCCGCAUCUCCGGACGCUGGCAAAUGGAUUCAAGAUAUCGGCACUGUUAAAUUUCUGCUAGAAACUUCAUUUACAACUUAUUCGCUGGCUCAAAGGUGCCUUGAUGUCAUCAAUCAGGUCUUACCAUCUGGUACUUCCAGUGAUUGGUCACCAACACAACUCGACCUCAGCUUUACUGAUCCAAAUCUUGAGUCAUGGUUCGAGUGGCCAGAAAUAAACAGUAACGCGGCCCUGUCAACCUUCGGACCCCUGGGAUAGAGUCGUAUUCAACUUUAGCUUUCAAUUAUUGAUUACGAGAUCGGGUUUGAUCAAUUUAUCUCGGAUUAUCCGUCCGUUCAGAAGGUCGUUAUUGCGAACCCGCACUUCAGCUGCCGCACGGUCUUUCUCAAUACCGGCAGCUAGAUGUCUUUGAACCACACGUUCUUUGGCUACACUCUCCGGAGCAUCGACGAACCAUCUAGGGAGAGGUUAGUGAGGGUCAUGGCUCUUUGGUGGAUACAUACUUCUCGUCUACUAGAGUGGCAAUCUCGUUCCAAGGAUCCUCGUCCAGCAAGAGAUAGUUUCCUUCUAAAAUGAUCAAGGAUUCUGCAGAGGAUAACUGUAUGUCGUCUUCUACGGGAUCUUUUACAGCGUGAUCGAAACUAGGUGCUUUGAAUGACGACUCCUGGCAGUGUUGCUUUGUAACUGGUUCGUUACGCAAACGCCUAACGAGCUGGAUGAAUGACUUAACGUCAAACGUGAAGGCAGCACCUCUCCUUUGAAAGGCAGUGUGAGGGUCGGGCAUGGUUUGGAGGACUGCACGCGAGUAAUGGAAGCCAUCCUACAAGCGAAUCAACACUGAUGUCAAAUCAACUUUUGAAAUAAGAUGAAGAAAUACCAUCGGCAGGAUCGUUAAUGCUUUUCCCUCACGGCUUUCAUAGAGUUUUGAAAGAGCG